CAAUCGUAACCUAUCAACAGUCCAAGACCACAUUUCUUCAGCGGGGACAAUUUAUGAGAUAUGACAUAUAGGUGCUCCCAUUUGUUGGCUGUUUCACAGGUAGGUAAGUCAGUCCGGACGAGGAGCGCAGCGGUGGGGGAGGACGUCCAUGAAGAGGCUUGGCUGGGCAGGACUGGUAAGGAAAGGGUUAGUGGGGAGUGGGGGCGGGAGCGGUGGUGAGGCGCGAGUUGCUGGGGCGACGGGGGGCGUGGCCAGCGGUGAGGAGAACGAGAGAGGCGGAAGUGAGUGCAGUCUGGCCAGGAGACGGAAUCGGAGCAGCAUGUCGGCGCCUGGUCUGUCAGUGGAGGAGAUGUUGGAGAGGCUGAGGAGGGAAGCGGAGGUGAGGGGGCCUGGCUGGCUGCAGGAGCAGGUUGGUGCCUGCUUAGUUUCACCUGCUCCUGUGGCUUCCCCUAAUGUUCGGGCUGCCCGGCCGCGGCGUGGUAUUCCGCCGGCGCGCCUAAGCCCUGAGGUCACCCCCCGGACCCGGCGCCGAGUAGGGAGCCCCUCUGUGGACCCUCGGCGGCGGGGAGCGGCCGCUAGGGCUUCUGCGAGCCGCUCCCGCCGCGGGAGGAAUCCCGAUACGCGGCGGGGCCCUGUGAGGAGUGGGACGCCCCUUCCCCCACUCCCUGCGGCUGUGCAGCAGGAUUCGGGACCGGGAACGGUGGACCGGCCCAGUCCCUCCUUUAGCGGGCGGUCCACUCGGCUGUUUGAGGAGGAUCGGGUCCCUCGGACUGCGUUGGUGGAGGACGAAUACCGGCGCAGGUCCAGAGAAGAUUUGAGCAGCGUGGAUGAAGGUCCCCUUGCAGUGGCGGAGGCUCGGUGUCCGGCCAGUGUGGUGCAGAGGGUCGUGCAAGUGGUCCAGGAGGAGCAGCCGUCGACGUCCAGGAGCUAUGAUGGAGCGGUGUCCGUGCGGCAGGAGUCAGGACCUUCGGCAGCGGGAGUCACAGCGCCCGUGGUGCCUGUGGGAGCGGUUCCGGCUUCUUGCGCCAGAAGCGGAGGCGGAGGGUCUGCAGUGUCCGGCGUGGCUGUGGGCGAUCCUGGAAGAGAAGUGAUGGGGUUGUUGAGGGAUUCGUUGAGUCCGGGUACUUGGCGGGAGUAUGGUAAGGCGUGGACGACCUGGGAGGCGUGGAAUGGGACGUGGGGAGCAGGCGGAGUGGACGGCGAAGUACGGUUGUUGAUGUUGUUGGGGCAGUUGAAGAGUGAGGGGUGGUCGGUGUCCAGGGUGAAUCAUCUUGUUUCCGGUAUAGCGUUUGGUUUUAAGUGGCGGGGGCUGGCCGAUUUGACUAAGAGUUUUUUGGUGCGGCAGGUGUUGAAGGGUUGGCGUAGGGGUGCGGGCAGGGUGCCGGAUUGUCGGAGGCCGGUGUCUUUUGAGUUGUUGGUGCGAAUGGGGGACAGGUUGAGUGGUGUUUGUAGUUCGGGGUGGGAGCUAGGGCUCUUUAAGGCGGCGUUUGCUUUGGCGUUCUUUGGGGCUUUUCGCUUGGGGGAGUUGGUGUGUGGGAGGGUUAGGAGAGCGGGGGGCCUUAGGAGCGAGGAUGUUGAGUGGGUGGGGGAUAUGUUGCAUAUUCGGAUUCGCAGGUCCAAAACGGAUCAGGAGGGCAGGGGGCUGCGUUUUACGUUGUUUGCGGUGCCGGGGUGUAGUAUGUGCCCGGUGAGGUGUGCGGAAUCGUAUGGCGCGAGGCUGGGGAGGGAUGAGGUCCCGUUUCUGAGGCAUGAGGAUGGUUCCUUUUUGUCUCGGUUUCAGUUUCUGGCGGUCUUUAGAAAAUGUUUGACGGUUUUGGGGGUGUCGGUCAAGGAUUAUUCUGGGCAUUCAUUCAGAAUUGGUGCGGCAACUGAGGCAGCCAGGGCGGGCGCCAGUGAGGAGGUGAUUAGGCGGAUUGGGCGUUGGGAGUCGGUUCGCUUUAGAUCGUAUGUGCGGCCUGCAUUGUUGUAGAGUAAGGAGGUGGGAGGUGAUGUUGAUUUUGUCCCCUUUUUUGUGUUCACAGGUCGAAUGGCGGCGGCGUUGGUGUGGAUUUUGGGGCACUCCUAUGUGUUCUGGGGUGCGAUUAGAGCGGAUGUGAGGCCGAGUGGUCGGCAGUUGGGGGUGAGUCCGGAGUUGGCUACGGUCCGGUGGUUAGGCGUCAGAGGUAUGUUGUGGGGCGGAGUGUUGAGGGAGGUGCAUCGUUUCGUUCGUUUAGAUCGUCCUCCUGAUGUAUUGGCGUUGCACGUGGGGGGGAAUGAUUUAGGGAAGCGUCCGUUUAGGGAAUUGGUGCGGGAUGUCAAGUUUGACUUGCUCAGGAUUUGGGCGUUGUUUCCGGGGGUUAUCGUUGUCUGGUCUGAUAUUGUGCCGCGUAAGGUGUGGAGGGGGGCGAGGUCGGUAGAGAGCCUGAAUAAGGCUCGGAUUAAGGUGAACAGAGCGGUGGGCCGUUUUAUGGCGAGGAAUGGUGGUGUGGUGGUGCGGCAUGAGGUAUUGGAGAAGGGUGAGGGUGCGUUUUGGAGGGCGGAUGGGGUGCACCUGAAUGCGGUGGGUACGGAUUUGUGGGCUCUGGGGCUCCAGAGUGGAGUGGAGAUAGCUUUGCGGAUGUGGAGGGACGCGCAGGGUUGAGGUAGUCAAGCUGCGCGUUCUUGGAGGCGGGGGAGGUCCUUGAAGUGGUGAAAUAUGGUGGUACUUGAGGAUGGGAGGGCCCCGCGGGAGGGG